AUGGGUGUGGAUAUUCAAACGUAUCGAGCAAGAAUUGGUACUUACAGUCAUUCCCAAGGCAGCGAUGUAAAAACUAUCCCCAACAUUUGCGGUGAAUUUAAAACUGUAGGAUGUGUGAUAUUCAUCGGAAUCCUUUUAAUAGUUGCUGGGAUUGAACUUAAUCCAGGGCCGAAGGAGAAAGGAACGGCGAAUAAUAUCACUUGCGCAAAGUCAUCAUGUAUCAAAAUUUCUCGGUUAAAAGAAAAUUUCAAUAAAGAGUUGCUUAAAUCAUUUUUCGAAAAAUACCUGGAGAAUGGCGGCGGAAAAGUGAAACAUAUUGAACUUGAUAGCAAAAUCCAAAGUGCCGUCAUCGAGUUUGAAGACAAUUCAGCUGUGAAAAGAAUAUUGGACAAUAAACCUUUAAUAAUUAAUGGAUUAGAAGUUGAAGUAGAAAUUAUUGUAACUGCUAACGGAUAA